UUUGUACUCUGUUGACUAACCACGACAUUUUUAAUUUUCAGGAUUAAUUGUUGAUUGUAAUUUGAGCAGGAGCUUGGUUUUGCAGGAUUUUCUAUAAUAAAAGACUUUGGAUUUUGAUUGAUUUAUUGAGUGUCCUAUAGAAUGUCGAUCAACAAGACUUGGAUUAAUAAUUCAAAUAAAUUUUCUGAUGAGUAUGUUGCUGGAGCGUUUGCAUUUGUUGAGAGAGCUCAACAAUUUGUGGAUACAAGGGGACUAGUGAAGUGUCCUUGUAACAAGUGUCUUAAUAUCGAAUUGCAAACGAUUGGUGUGCUAGAAAGUCAUCUUUUUGAGAAUGGUUUUCUACGAAGUUAUACAAAUUGGUACUGGCAUGGAGAGGAGGAAAUAAUACCGACCAAUAGAGUAGUCCACCAAUGUCACGAGGACGAGAUGAUGGAUGUUCUUAAUGAUAUAGCACAACCUAACAAUUGUGAAGAUGAUGAGAAUGAGGUUGAUGAUGAGAUACCACCAGCAUCAAAAUGCAGAGGUACUAGCCAAUACUAUAAUGACUUAUUUGCCGAGAUGGAGUCUCCGUUAUUCCCAGGGUGUGAAAAAUACACAUCUUUGAAUUUCGUAGCUAAGUUGAUGCAUUUCAAAGUGUUGGGGAAAAUUCCUAACAAAAUUUUUGAUGGAAUCUUGGAGUUGUUAGAAGAUGCAUUCCCAUCUCCAAAUAAGAUACCAAAGUCACAUUAUGCGGCGAAGAGGUUGAUGAGGAAAUUGGGUUUGGGUUACGAGUCAAUCCAUGUUUGUAAGCAUGAUUGUGCAUUGUUUUGGAAGGAAAAUGCUGGAAAACACAAGUGUCCAAUUUGUGGGGAGGAUCGUUGGGUGGAUAAAAAUACCAAGGGGAAGAAAGUGCCCCAAAAAGUUAUGCGUUAUUUUCCAUUGACCCCUUGGUUGAUGCGAAAAUAUGCAUCAAGGCACAUUUCUCAACAUAUGAGAUGGCAUCAUGAAGGGCGUGUUAAAGAAGAUGGUAUCAUGCGUCAUCCUGCAGAUGGGAAAGCAUGGAAGGAUUUUGAUCGUAGCAAUCCAGCGUUUGCAAUGGAACCUAGGAAUGUGCGCCUUGGAUUGGCUGCUGAUGGAUUCAAUCCUUUUGGAAAUAUGAGUUUGUCUUAUAGCAUGUGGCCGGUUGUGUUAACGACUUACAACUUGCCACCGUGGUUAUGCAUGAAAGAGACUAACUUUAUGUUGACUUUAUUAAUUCCUGGUCCACAUUCACCUGGAAAAGAUUUUGAUGUUUUCUUAAGGCCAUUGGUUGAUGAGUUGAAGGAAUUAUGGGUGAACGGUGUUCAGACUCGGGAUGUUGUUGAUGGUAGUUUUUUUAAGCUUCGAGCAGUUUUAUUGUGGACUAUAAAUGAUUUUCCAGCGAGGAGUAGUCUUUCUGGAUGGAGUGGUCAAGGUUACACUGCUUGUCCUACUUGCAAUGUAUCAACACCAUCAGUUCGUUUGCAAAAUAAGGUUGCAUUUUACGGUCACAGACAUUUUUUACCAAUGGGACACCAAAUUAGAAAAAAGAAGAAGUUAUAUGGUUCAGUUGAGAAAAGACCACCUCCAGAGGAAUUUAGCACUGAAGCUAUUUUCACACAAAUGAAUUUUAUGCCUGAAUCUCUUCCUGGUAAGCAUGUUAGCUACGGUGGACAAAAAAGGAAACGCACAAAAGAGCAAGUUGGUUGGCGUAAAAAAAGCAUUUUCUUUGAGCUCCCAUAUUGGGCCAAUAUGAAGUUGCGACAUAACCUAGACGUCAUGCAUGUUGAGAAAAAUGUAUGCGACAGCUUAGUUGGCACAAUAGUCGGGUUGGAAAAUAAGACCAAAGAUACAGUUAGCGCUAGAGUAGAUUUGGAGAAGAUGAAGAUAAGGCCAGAAUUGCAUCUGAGAAUGGUAAAUGGUCGAAUGGAAAAGCCAGCAGCGAAAUACACAUUUAUUCCUGAAAAUCGGCAUAAGUUUUGUCGAUUUUUGAAAUCAGUCAAAUUUCCAGAUGGGUUUGCAUCUAAUCUAAGGAAGAAUGUGAUUGAAAAUGACAAUAAGAUUACUGGGUUGAAAUCCCAUGAUUGUCAUGUCAUAUUGCAACGUCUUUUGCCAAUUGGUGUUCAUUCAUUCCUAGAAAAACCAAUUGCCAAGACCAUUAUUGACUUGUGCACUUUCUUCAAGAUUAUUUGUGCUAGAACUCUGAUUGUUUCUGAUUUGGAGAAAGUGAAAACAUCAAUUGUUGAAAUUCUUUGCGGACUAGAAAUCAUUUUUCCGCCAGCGUUUUUUGAUGUUAUGGUUCACCUAAUGAUACAUUUGCCUCAAGAAGCAAUAGAUGGAGGUCCAGUACACAUGAGGUGGAUGUAUCCCUUUGAGAGAUACAUGAAAAAAUUGAAACAUUAUGUGCGUAAUAAAGCUCGUCCUGAGGGGUCCAUAGCUGAGGGUUAUGUCGUUGAUGAAGCAUUGACAUUCUGUUCUAUGUACUUCAAAGGGGUGGAAACAAGGUUUAAUCGUCCAGAUAGAAAUGUUGAUGCAAUUCCAUCACUAAAGAAGUUGUCUGUGUUUCAAUCUCAAGGUCGUCCGAUCGGUAAGAAGACACUAACAACUUUGGACGAUGAACUUAAAAAAACUGCUGAGUGGUACAUUCUCAACAAUUGCAUUGAGAUUCUCCCAUAUAUUCAAGAGCACAAGCAGAUCCUUUUAUCUAGUGGUGUUGAAAACCUAGAUCAAUUACAGAAAAAGGAGUUCCCCAUGUGGUUUUACAAUAAGCUUUACAAUCUUCGACAAGCAGGAUCUGCAGAAGCUUCUGAAGAGUUAUUCUCCUUAGCAAGCGGCUCCUCUAAUCUUGUUUCUUCAUACACUGGGUGUAUUGUCAAUGGAGUUCGAUUUUUGUGUUAUGAUAGAGAUAAAAAUUUGAAAACUCAAAACAGUGGUGUCUUAGUACCCGGAGUAGACAACAAAAAUUUCUACGGGCAAUUAGAAGAGGUUAUAGUGAUGUCAUACCUUGCUGGUUGUUCUGUUGUAUUAUUUAAGUGUAAAUGGUUUGAUACAGAUCCUACCAAGAGUAGGAUGAAGCAUGAAAAUAAUAUAACCAGUAUAUUUACUAAGUUCGAGUGGUACAAAGAUGACAAGUUUAUCUUGGCAACUCAGGCAAAACAAAUUUUCUAUCUUGAUGAUUUGAAAAAUGACCGGGAUUGGAAAAUUGUUGAAGAAGUUCAUCAUAGAAAUGUGUGGGACACCCCAGCAACUGAUGAACAGUUGGAUCCCAUUGAAAUAGAUGUUAUGCAUGACACAAUAUCAUCUGAUUUCCAAUUGUUUGUCGAUCUUGAUAUGUCUUCUGCGGUUAUGCAACAUCACGGAGGGGAUGGUGGGGCAAAUCCUCCUCCAGAUCCAACGCAGAUACAGGCUGAUUGUGAGAGAGUGACGACUAAAACGAAAAGGCGCGGCAUCAACAAGGGGUUUUCAACUCGAGAAGCUAGAGUUGCAUUAGGUAGACCACUACCACUGGAGUGGGAUGUUCGAGGGAAGACUUACAAAGAAAUUGGUAAUUAUUCCCAACAUUUCUCUAGAGAGAUCGGCAUUCUCAUUCGACAAUAUGCUGAUCCCGACUACGACCGAUGGGAUAAAGUACCCAGCGAAGUUAGAGAUCGCAUACUUCCUCGUCUAGAGGAUGAUUUAUUCGACAUUGGUCGAAGUCGAUAUGCCUCAGAGAACCUCCCCGGCAUUCUUUUGGGCAUUCAACGGUCGUGCGCUGAUCGUUACUCGGAGUGGAAGAAUGACUUGUCCACUCAUUUAAAAAAGAAUGGUCGAGCACAUCCUCCUGAUGGUUUGGUGGUGGAGAAAUGGCAGAAGGCGCUCCAGUAUUUUGAUCGCCCUGAAGUGAAGAGGCGUUCUGAGACUAACUCUGCGAACCGUGCAAAACAAAAACAGAGAAGCGUGCAGGGUUCACAGUCUACGCCAGCCCUUCGUUACAAGAAGCGUGAUUUACAAACUGGGUGUCUUGCUGGGGUUCCAGAGAUUUGGAUGGCGACUAAGUAUAUAGACGGGGAAGGUUGGGUGAGCAAGGCAGCAAAAGAUAACUAUGAAAAGAUGAUAGAGAUACGUGACACUCUGCAGUCACAAUCAUCUACGAGCGCCUCUGCCUCGAGUACUAUCCCGAGAGAAGAUGAUGACAUUAUUCUUGUUGAGACGAUCUUUGGACGUCGUCGAGGCUAUCAGCCGGGUCUUGGUCGUAGGAUUCGCACGAGGGCGAAUUGUGAAGCGGCUGAGGUACCUCAACCAGCCCAACCACCUCCUACCGCACAAGACAUGCAAGAGGUGAGGGAGCGACUCCGAGCCAUAGAGGAGCACUUGGCUAGGAUUGGUGGAGUCUCGGGAUCUGGAUCUUCUCAGCAAGGUCCUGGUGCCGAUCCUACAACACCUAGUUAAAAAUAUUUAUAUUUAUGUAUUUUAAUUUU